AUGUUGUACUCGUUCGUUGUCCAGCUGGUGCUGGCUGGUCUGUAUUUUCGACGUGUUGCAGCGGCGGACGUUGCAAAGGGAGCGUACAUCAUCGAGUACGCAGAGGAUCAUAACCCAGCGGCUCUGCUGGAAUACCUCGCUGCAGAUGCUACUAAGCGACGAGACUUCAAUUUCACGCUCUUCAAAGGGCUUUCUGUCCAGUUCCAUGACGUCAAAAACGCUGCUCAGCACGCUUCGGCAAUCUUGGACAUGCCGGGUAUCAAAAGUGUGUGGCCCGUUCAGGCCUAUGACCUCCCUCAGCAUGACGUCUUAUGGUCCGGAGGCUCUCAAAGUUCAAGUUCGGCAACCACCGAGCGCGAGUCUGUUCGUCAAGUCUCAGCAAACGAUUCGUUCUCAACCCAUGUGAUGACCCAAGUAGACAAGCUGCGGAACGAGGGCAUCGUGGGCAGUGGUAUCCGGGUCGCAGUCAUUGACACUGGGGUUGACUACCUUCAUCCUGCGUUGGGCGGAUGCUUCGGCCCAGGGUGCUUGGUCUCAUGGGGUGCUGAUCUCGUCGGUGACGCCUACAACGGCACCAACAAUCCCGUCUCUGGUCCAGAUCCCAUGGACUGUAACGGUCACGGAACGCACGUCGCCGGCAUCAUCGCCGCGCAGCCAGGGAACCCAGUCGGGGUGGUCGGCGCCGCAACAGGCGUCUCCUUGGGGGCGUAUCGCGUCUUUGGAUGUAGCGGGAAGGUCACCAACGACGUAGUUAUAGCGGCGUACAACAUGGCGUACGAAGCCGGCGCCGACAUCAUCACAACUUCUAUCGGCGGCGCGUCCGGGUGGGCCGAAGAGCCGUGGGCCGUCGCGGUCGAUCGUAUUGUCGAAAAGGGUGUGUCCUGUCUCCUGUCUGCUGGAAACUCCGGAUCUUUCGGGCUGUUUUACGCCUCCACUGCGGCCAACGGCCACAAGGCCACCGCUAUUGCUUCUGUCGACAAUACAGAGGUUCCUAUCCUUUUGCAAAAUUCCACUUACGCUGUUGGGGACACGUUUGAUACUCCGAUUCCUUUUGGCUUUUCCACGGCAACCGCGUCGAAUUGGGGCAACGUGACACUGCCGCUGUGGGCUGUCAACUUCGACACGACCGACCCGGCAAAUGGCUGCGAUGUUUUCUCGGGAACCACUCCCGACCUGUCUGGGCACAUUGUUCUCAUUCGCCGGGGAACCUGCACAUUCACCCAGAAGUCGACGAACGCGGCGGCGAAGGGCGCCAAGUACAUCAUCUUCUACAGCGACAUCAUCGGUACCAUCCCAAUCACCGCCGUGGUUCCUGGUAUUGAAGGAAUGGCAAUGGUGACUGCCAGCCAAGGCGCUGAAUGGAUCUCGAAACUGGAGGAAGGGGCCAAUGUUCUCGUUCACAUGGUGAAGCCGACUGGCUUGCCUUCCAUCGUUGUGAGCGAGAAGAACACCGUCACCCCGGGUUUCCUGAGUGUUGACAGCAGCUGGGGGCCGACAUACGAGCUAGAUAUCAAGCCGCAGUUCGCAGCCCCGGGUGGAAUGGUCCUGUCUACUUUCCCGAGAUCCAAAGGCUAUUACGCUGUGCUGACGGGGACAUCUAUGGCAUGUCCGCUUGCGGCCGGGAUUUACGCACUUCUCAUGGAGGCUCGCGGGACGAAAGAUCCAGGAGAAUUGGAAACUGUCAUAUCCUCCACCUCGAUGCCGGCGAAGUUCCACGAUGGGCGCAACGAGUCACAAUUCCUUGCGCCAGUUCCUCAGCAGGGAUCGGGAUUGAUUCAGGCCUACGAUGCUGCUCGUGUUCAGACUGUUCUGAGCGUUUCGAGUUUGUCUUUCAACGAUACGGACAAUUUUACCCCAAUGCGAAAAUUCACUAUCCGUAAUACUUCAGCACGACCUAUUCGGUACGAACUCGGGCACACAGGGGCGAAUACGGCUUACACCUUCGCUGCACCAUCCGACAUUGUCCCUGAUGCUUUCCCUAACGAUCUGGUCCAGUCCUACGCCGAGAUUUCUUUUAGCCCCAGCUCUUCCGUCACAAUCCCAGCUGGACAGGAACUAGCGAUCACGGUUCACUUGGCAUCGCCAGCUGGCCUCGACGGAAGGCGACUACCGGUAUACUCAGGAUACGUCACAGUCACCAGCGCUGGUGGGGAUAACCUCUCGGUUCCUUACAUGGGUGUAUCCGGAAGCAUGCGAUCCCUCAAAGUGCUUGACUCUGCAUCCACCUUUUUGACGAGUGCCAGCGACGGGACAGGAAGUCCUGCUGCUGAGAACAAGACGUGGACGCUGCCGCCCUUGGACACGCCUAGCAAUUCAUCAGCAGGAAUAUACGAAUACCCAAAAUUAUCCGUGAAACUGGUCAUGGGAUCGGCCCUUGUACGUAGAUACAAGAUGAUCGUGAAAGCUCUGCACAUCUUCGGCAAUUCUGAGAUGGAUGCGGACUAUGAUGAGGCCGAGACGGUGGCCUUUAGCGUAUCGUAUGCUCCCUAA